AUGAACAAUAUGUGGAGAGCAGUUGCACGUUAUGCACGACAACAACUCGUCCAAUCCAAUCCAACCGACUUGGAACAAAUCUUAGAACUAUGGUAUCUGCGUCUAUUAGCAUUGACCAAACUUGGCUUGUAUCAAUUGGCGUCGGCCGAACUUGAUAAACUGGGCGAUCUGAGUCGAGCUGAAUUGACUUUUGAGUUCCAUAACGCCAUACCCAAGCAACAACAAGACAGCAGCAGUAGUGGUAGCAUGGUUCCCUUUGAACUGCGUAUCUUGGCAGCUCGAUUACCCGCCUGGCUUAAAUACCCCCUCGUGGCAUUGGAACGAUUGACAAUGCUUGCUGUGCAUUGUAAAAAGGUAGUUGUCAACUCUAUAUCUAUGAUGCACGCUAAAGAAAUGGGACCUUGGCGACAACGUGAAGCCCAAGUCUAUUUGGUGAUGGCCACACAAAUGAUGGAAAUGAAUGAUUACACAGGUGCAGCGUCCACCAUGGAGAUGGUAUCCAAACAGUUUGGUACCAAAAAGGAUGGGAAACAAGAUCUGGAUAUCCUGUCCGCAUUGGGUCGAUUGUAUCUGCAGUUGGGCGAUAUAGAAUCGGCCGAAAAAAUAUACGGCCAAGUCGAUAAGGAAGGAUCACAAAAUGAAGCUAUUGUUGAAACGGUUCAAAUGAAUAGGGCAUUCUUACUCAUGGCUAAAGGAGAAUGGAAUCAAGCUGCUGCAGUAUUACGCGGCAUACUAGAGGCGAAUAAAGAGAAUCUUCUGGUGGUGAACAAUUUGGCUGUUUGUUAUGUCUAUCUGGGUCAGAUUAGCACUGCUAUUGAGCUUUUAUCGACCAUGACGACUCAAAACCCAACAUCUGCAGGCACUUGCGAAACAGCAGUCAUGAAUCUUUGCACUUUGUAUGAACUACGCUAUGAUCCGGCUACUGGCCAUAAAGUCAAUGUCAUGAAACAGGUGGCGCGAUGGGUCGGGGAUUCUUUCCAGGCCGAUUGCAUAAAGUUGCAAUAA